CGAGCCGGCGGCGGCGGCGAGGCCGAGCGGGGCUGCGGUGCCUUUAAGUCCGCACCGGCGGGUGACGCCACCACCGCCCGGGGAAAGGAGCCUCGGCGCCGGCCACAGCAGUCCGAGCUGCCCCAGCACCGCCGCCGCGAUGGAGCCGCCGCCGCCGCCGCCGCACCGGAGCGCCGGGAAGAGCAGGCAGGCGCUGCCCAGGGGCCGAGCGGGAGAGCCGGCCGGCUGGCGCAAGGUGAGUCCGCAGAGGGAUUUAGGGCACCCGGGGCCGCCCUCCCCACUCCCCGCGCAGCCCACCCCCUCUCGAGGGAGCCUUGUGGGGCUGGCCUCCCCGGGGGUCUUCUCUCCCGCCGCCGUGCCCUUUGUCCCGGAAGGAGCCAUUCGCUACCAGCCGGAGGGAUCGAGCGGGGUCUCCUACGUCGGAGGGAACAUGCCCAGCGGGACGCGGCCGGAUUCCCUGGGCGAAGCGUUCCACACUCGGCUGCAGCCGGACGGGUCACGUCGACGAGCUGAGGUGGAACCGCACGAAAAGGCUGCUGGGGGCAGACCAAUCCCGCCUCUCUCCUUGGAGAUCAACAGAGUCCAGCCGGAGGGUUCGGGGCCCUCUGGGUACAACACCCCCACUUUACGGUCUCCGGUAGAGUUGCGCCCUUUGUCUCCUGGUAUGGGCAGCUCCUCUUCGCUCUCCAACCUCUCCCCCUCCAUGAAACUUAGCCAGUCCCCAAGCAGGGGGACCCUUCCUGACCUCUGCGCCUUGGACCCCCUGACGUCUGGGAUUCUGGCCACCAUGGAACGCAAGGACUCCCUCCCUAAGGCCGAAUCCAGCGACCACAUUUGCCUGAGCCGGCCAGGCUCGUCCCACCGGUUGGGCUCUCUUUCCAAAGCCAUCUCCAGCGAGUACCUCUCUGGGGGAAGGGUGGGACCUUCCAAAUCUGCCAUGCUGGCCAAGGCCGAGUCGGAGGAGCUGACCACCUACUCCAGGGUCCGUCUGUCGCCCCAGUUGCAAGACCCGUGGAGCAGCAGCACCAACCGCACGGAGAACUACCUGGAAAGAUUCGGCCGGCCACAAACGAGGCAGGACAAGGAGUUUCGCAUCACAGUGGUCACGUGGAACGUCGGCACCUCCAUGCCCCCCAGCGACGUCACCUCCCUCCUGCACCUCAACCCUGGGGACUCUUCUGACAGUGACAUGAUCGCUAUUGGGUUGCAGGAGGUGAAUUCCAUGAUCAACAAACGCCUGAAAGAUGCGCUCUUCACCGACCAGUGGAGUGAACUUUUCAUGGAGGUGCUGAGCCCCUUUAAUUUCGUCCUGGUGAGCACGGUACGGAUGCAAGGAGUCAUCCUCUUUGUCUUUGCCAAGUAUUACCACCUGCCUUUCCUGCAGGACAUCCAGACCGACUGCACCCGGACGGGCCUCGGUGGUUACUGGGGCAACAAGGGAGGCGUGAGCAUCCGGCUCUCCAUCUUCGGGCACAUGGUUUGCUUCUUGAACUGCCACUUGCCGGCACACAUGGAGAAGGCGGAGCAGCGGAAGGAGGACUUCACCACAAUCCUCCAUCUGCAGCAGUUCGAGGGGCCCUCGGCCAACGGCAUCCUUGACCACGACCUCAUCUUCUGGUUUGGGGAUCUCAACUUCCGCAUCGAGACCCUGGACAUCCGCUACGUGAAAUACGCCAUCGACAACAACAUCCUCCAUCAGCUCUGGGAGAAGGACCAGCUUAACAUUGCGAAAACUACGUGGCCCAUCCUGAAGGGAUUCCAAGAGGGGUUCCUCAAUUUCCCCCCAACCUUUAAAUUUGACGUGGGAACUAACAUGUAUGACACCAGUGCUAAAAAGAGGAAACCAGCUUGGACGGACCGUAUCCUAUGGAAGAUCAAAAGUGGGACCCACCCAGUGCAUUCUGGGAGAUCCAGCGGUGGGAACCUGACGGUGACCCAGCUCUGCUAUUGCAGCCAUAUGGAGUACACUAUGAGCGACCACAAACCCGUGGCCUCCAUUUUUGCAGUACAGUUUGGUUCCCGAGCUGAUGUGCCACUGGUGGAACUCCAAGUGGCCGACGAGUGGACCAAGCCGGAGCAAGCCGUGGUCCACUACAGAACCUCUUCGGCUUUCCACCGCAGUUCCUGGGAUUGGAUCGCACUCUAUCGGGUGGGUUUCCGGCAUUGCAAGGACUACAUAGCCUAUGUAUGGGCCAAGCAGGAAGAUGCAGAGAGCCACCUCUACCAGCUAACGUUCCCCGAGGAGUCCCUGCCUAAAGGGAAGGGGGAUUACAUCCUUGGCUACUACAGCAACAACUGCAGCUGCAUGGUGGGCAUGACGGAUCCCUUCCAGAUUUCUUUGCCCACCUUGGAGCAAGUCAGCAGUGCCACGGACAGCACCAACAGCACUUCUGAAGAGGACGACGACAGCACGUUAGUGCUCCUCGGACCCAAAUCCCGCAGCCCCAGCCCUGGCAAGAUGCACCGUCACCGCAGCCGCAGCCCCAGCCUGGCUAAGUUCCAGGGUCUGCUCUUGCGAUCCUCCAGCCGUGACCAAGGGGCCAGCCGCAGCCCCUCGCCCCAGGGACGCCGCCACAGCACCAUUCUGAAGGCGGACAUUCCCAGCAUCCAGUUUUCCAAGGACAGCCCACGGCACCGCUCCAAGUCGCGGGAGAUGGCGCAGAACGCUGAGGCCUCCUCCUCCUCCUCUUCCUCCUCUGUCACCUCCCAGGCCCGGACAAGCUGGCGCUUUGAGGAGACUCCGCUAUCCCGAGCCGAUCCGCGGAAUCUGGGCUUGCUGCCCGCUGUGCGUUUGGAGACGGUGGAUCGGGUCAUGGGUUCCCGGCGUGAUAGCACUGACCCGAGUCAGCCUGGACGAAGGAUGAGUCCCACCAGCCCCACGGCCGGGCUCGCGGCCCUGUUUAGUACUUCCCCGCAAGAGGGGUUCCCCCACAAUAACCACAGCUGCGACACCAGACACUAAGGUGGCAGAGCCCACCAGGCAACCAUCCUGCAUCAGUGUGUGUGUGACAACGCCCUAUGCCCACUCCUCUCUUGGCCUGCCUUGCACACGCUCACUGCAGCUGUCCCGAUGGGGUGCAGACUCAGACAUGGAGCUGUCAUGGUGCCACCCCGUCCCAUCCGUUGCCCUGUGUCUGCAUCGGAGCCCAACCAAUGGAUCCUGUCCCUCCUGUGCUGCUCGCCCCACGUCCUCCUUGGGGACGGCUCUUUCUCCCACCAAACACCGAGGUUGGAACCCCAAACUGGAUCCCCCUAACACUGUUUUGGCCUGCCACAGGGAGGACCAGCUGCAGGAAGGAAGCCCCUCGGCCUCCCCUUCAUCCGAAGCAGCCCGAAGAUUCCUUGGCUGAUGAGCUCAGAAGCUCCCGCUUGAAGACGGAGCGAGAGGAGUACAAUACGGAGAAAAGGAGAAGGCCAUUUCCGGAGGCUUCCAUGUUGUAAGCUCUGAGGGCCCAGCCAGGCUCAUGGUGAUGGAGAGCCCCCACCCCCAGCAGAAUCCCAGCCAUGCCCAGGAAGGGGUUCAAGCCAAGGCUGAAGACGAGGGGCAACUUGGAAUGUAGAACUCUGGCGGUUGGGGGGGGGGAGCCGGAGAGAACUGUGAAAUGGGAGGGCUGGUCUCUCUCCAAAUUGGGGACCAUCCCCGGGAUGAGUUCAGAGUUGAGACAAUCUGUCCUACCUCUCUCUCUCUCACUCCCCAAUAAAUCAUCGUACAAAUGCUCCAGGAGGCCGUGUCUGCCCUCAAAGCGCAGGGGACGGUGGGCGGCUGAGAAGAGGCGAUGCCC